CGCAGUAAACAUUUGAACUCAGCAUCAUUCACAGAAUGACUACUAAUAACCUUAGACCAACAACAAAUAUAAUUUGACCCCUCUCUAUCACAUUUAACUUCUCCCGAGGGAACCAACCCAACACUCUCUUAAACGUCCAUUCACUUUCUUACUUACAAAAUUACUACAGUAUCUUUCCUUUUUAUGUUUAUGAUAACGAAAUUAGAGAAACCCCUAGACUCUCACACACAACAAAACUGGCUGGCCUGCGAGGCUAUCAUUUAUAGGUCAUACGAGCCAUUUCCAAUGACGGCGAGCUUAACAUUGAUCCUCUGAUAUUAGAGGGCCCUCUUAUGAGCAAGGGGAUAGAGUUCUCACAUUCAGUCGCAUGCGACAUUGCUGUUUCUAGUUUGCAGUUUGCAAAGCAGACAUCAUGGAGGAGCUAGAGCAAGAGAGUCUGGAUGGCUCGUCCAUAGUAGGAACAUAAUUUAGAAGGUCAUGAAUAGUCUGCUAACACUUGAACUAUCUAGAAACCGGUCUCAUCUCUGCUGUGUCAUUUCGAACAAAUGGCAAAUGCCCAACCGACCAAUAACACCGCAACCAGAGGAGUAUCUCCAAAAGGUUUCAGGAAUAUUGCAAAUUCUGGGGAUGCUGCCAGAGCAGCGCCAGCCAUACCAAAUCGACCAGAGACAAUAUCGCAUUUGGCGGACUCAGUUCAAGCUGCGAGAGGUCGUGAUGCAGAAGCAAGUGAUGUUACACUGCGGCCUCCGCGUGCCAAUGGCGGUCGAAAGUUAUCCCCAUCGCCCACUCGUGUUAUUUCUCCAAGGCCAACAUCAACCGCUCCUCCCGCUGUUACUGUUCAACCACCCCAGUCACCUCAAAAGAUACAAAGUUCAAAUGUUUCAUUGGCAAACAUCCCGGCAUAUUUAUCUACAGAUGCGCCGUUCUCAGCCUCGUCCAAUACUUCCUCCCAAGGGCAGUUCAGAAUUCCUAGUCGAUCCAAUACACCCUUGUCAGAUACCAAAAACUCAUCCUCAUAUCCGUCUUCGCUCCCACCCUCGCCACCUCCUCCUAGACGAUCGGGCGAAGUGAGAAGGAAUUCCUCUUUUAGAGUAGGACCUCCACCGAUUAAUCGCGCCGACAAACCUAAGAUAUCGAGUAAACCAGUAGGCUUCAGUUCAAGUGCAGAAAGUGUGAACUUGGCUCCUAUAUCUGUCCAAAUACCUAUAGAAAAGACGUCGCCGUUUAGUAGCCCUCCAAGUAGCGGAGGAAGCCUUGAAAACGAAUAUCCGGUAGCGCCUUCCUUGCCGCGGAAUAGGCCACGGCCAGUCUCAUACACUCCUUCAUCGAGAUCCUUCGAGCCUCCGCCUAGACACCAUGGGAUUUCAAAUAGACAGAGAGAUCAGGAGGCGAAUGGUCUAGGGCGUAGUCUGAUAUCCGCACAGUUCACAGGGGGUGACCGAAGACCUGCGUUACCCAACAGAGCCCAUGUGACUCCAGAAAUUUCCAGCAAUCGGCCUAUGCCACCACCACCUCCUCGACCUCCUGUUGACAGAUCAAGACCUCCCGUGACUAAUGCUAUGCUGACUGAAGGUGGACUAAAUUCGGCGACUCCCCAAAAAAGAGUUCUCUCGAACCCUACGGGACAAUUGCAAACUCCACCAAGAUCUCAUGGAAGAUCCAUGACGGUUGAUAGGACAAGCGACAGGACGCCAGCCGAGUUUAGAACUCCGAUAGUUUCUGUUUCAACUAGAACUGACCCUCGCCCUUCGAUGGAUGUCCCUUCUACUCCAGUAACUAGGGAAGGCCUGUCUUUCAAGGCAGGUGAGUAUCCUGACACCUCUCACUCGAACCGUAGGCCUCCAUACUUCGCUAAAGGGACGUACGAAAUUCCGACAAAGUACGAUACUCGCAUUCUAGAUGUGUGCGGAGAAUAUGUGUGCACAACUGGUCACAUAACCAGGGUUUGGAGCUUGUUAGAUGGUGGAUCAUUAAUGACCCUACCCCAUACUGAAGGAAUCAAGUUUGUUUCCGUAGCUUUCAAGCCAGCUGCGGAAGUGCAAAAUGAGGGCUCGAGGCUGUGGUUGGGGAACAAUAUUGGAGACCUCAUUGAGGUUGAUAUCUCAAGUGGAAGCAUUGUUACAAGCAAGUCAAACGCCCAUACUCGGCGUGAGAUAAUAAAGAUUUACCGACAUUCGAAGGAAUUGUGGACGCUUGAUGAUGGUGGAACACUGCAUUUAUGGGCUCCAGACGAUAGUGGCGAACCCAAUCUGACAAAUCCAUCCCAGAGCUAUCGGCUUCCGAAAGGGCAUACAUUCUCGCUGGUUGUCGACGACGAAUUGUGGUAUGUAGCAGGCAAAGAUAUCCGGAUUUUUAUCCCAACACUGGAUGGAAGUGCUCAGUUUCAAGUGUUACAGCGUCCCAUUCAUCAACCAGAUGCGGGCGAGAUAACAUCGGGGGCUGUCAUAAAUUCUCAGCCUGACCGCAUAUACUUCGGUCAUGUUGAUGGAAAAGUAAGCAUAUAUUCUCGGCAUGAUUAUGCAUGCUUAGGAAUAAUCAAUAUCAGUGUCUAUAAAAUCACAUCUCUUGUAGGUGUAGGCAGUUAUCUUUGGGCUGGCUUUAGCACCGGUAUGGUAUAUGUAUACGACACUACUUAUACUCCAUGGGUUGCAAAGAAAGAUUGGCGUGCUCACCAUGAUCCACUCAUUGGCCUAUUCGUCGAUCGCAGCAGCUUUUGGAUGCUUGACCGGGAACAUGUUAUCUCCUUAGGCCAGGACAAUAUGAUACGAGCAUGGGAUGGAAUGCUCCAGGAUGAUUGGAUGGAGCAACGGAUGCAAUCGCAAGAAGCAGAUUUUUGCAAGCUCACACCAAUCAAGACUUUGGUUAUGACGUGGAACGCAGGCGCAUCUACGCCAUACCAUCUUCAACAAUCCGAUCAGGAUUCAAGGUUCUUGCCUCAACUUCUGCAAGACAGCGACCGGCCAGAUAUAUUAGUCUUUGGAUUCCAAGAAUUGGUUGAUUUAGAAGAUAAAAAGACGACUGCCAGUAAGUACUCUGCCGAACUCUACGACUUAUUUUUAACCAUUUGGCAGAAAGCUUCUUCAAAUCCAAGAAGAAGGAGAAAGAUUCCGAUCAUGAACAUAUGAGUCACCAAUAUCGAAAUUGGCGAGACUUCCUCAUCAGAUGCUUAGAUGAUUAUGUUCAGGGCGAGAUAUACCACUUGCUUCACACGGCAAAUCUAGUCGGUCUUUUCACGUGUGUAUUUGUUAGAUCGCCUCUUCUACCCCGAAUCAAAAACAUCAAUGCCGCUGAAGUCAAGAGGGGAAUGGGUGGGCUUCACGGGAACAAGGUAAGGGAUUGUUGCAAAUUUCUGCUAGUAACAUGAGUUUCCUAACGUACAUUAGGGUGCAUUAAUUCUUCGAUUUGUGUUGGACGAUACGUCGAUGUGCUUCAUCAACUGCCAUCUUGCCGCUGGGCAAACCCAAACGAAAGAUCGGAACACAGAUAUAAGUAUGAUCCUUGAAAGCCAGGUUUUGCCUGCAGAACGUGAUCACGGUGUUCGCAUAGAUACUUUUGUAGGAGGUGGUGAUGGAACAAUGAUCCUCGAUCAUGAGAUUUGCAUCUUAAACGGUGACUUAAAUUACCGUAUCGAUACUAUGGGCAGGGAUACCGUGGUUAAUGCGGUCAAGGCUAAUAACCUGGCAAAACUUCUUGAGCGAGACCAACUGCUUGCCUCAAAACGCAAAAACCCUUGGUUUAGAUUGCGCGCUUUUCACGAACUACCUAUUACUUUCGCGCCGACCUACAAAUAUGACGUAGGAACGGACAAUUAUGAUACAAGUGAGAAGAAGAGAGCACCCGCCUGGUGUGAUCGCCUACUUUACCGUGGACAUAAUCGGGUGGAGCAGCUCGAUUACCGUCGACACGAGGUACGUGUGUCUGAUCAUAGACCAGUAACUGGACUAUUCAACAUGGUUGUCAAGACUAUUUACCCCCAGAAGCGUGCCGUGAAAUGGGAGGAAUGUUUGCAGAACUUUCAAAGGUUGAAAGAACAGCUUGGUGCUGAAGCCAGGUAAGCAUCAUAUUUCACAGUUUCCAAUCGUUUGUGACUGCAUUAUAGUUUACCAACACUAAUCAACUUAUUAGGCUUGAUUACCUUACAAAUGUUGUGGGUUUUGAUCUUAAAACUAGUCAAAAAAUAGUUGCCUCAGACCCGGCAACCCACGGGACCUCCUGAGUGAGCCGCGUCAAGUCCUACCUAGGUGGCUAGAGGUCUGAAUAGAGAUGUAGCGUAAAAGACAUAUAUUAAACUUCGCCAUGAGUUAAAUAUCAAAACACGAAUAGUAGCGACGUGGCCCUAGCGGUACUCAGCUUAAGGGCUUAAGGUAUGCGACACCAUAUGCCACAAAAUGAAAUUGUGGAUGACUUAAGGAAUGGGCACGUGAUUGAUGAAAUAGUUGGGAGACUAAAAUAGCAGAUGUCAUAAUGUAUGAGCCAAGCCAAGCCGUUGUGUCUGGUUCUGGCACUUCGCAUCUUGGCUCACUCACUAUUCAGGAACGUCCCCGCAUCAUAGAUGAUAGAAGUAAUAUCCAUCCAUAGAUUGGCAUAUUUAGAGAUUCCGAUGACGAUAUCAAGGGAAAGAAAAGAAACUUAGGAACUUCAAUAGUUUGUACCUCAAAAUUCGCAGUCGGCUGGCUUUACUGGUAGGAGCUUGUUGAUGAGAGUAAAUAAAUAUCAAUUCCCACAACCAUAUUUGCUUUGCG